AAAAAGAAAAAAGAGGGAGGGAGGGAAAAAAUGGCAACAGAGGCAUCACCAAGAAGAAGAAGAAGUUCACCGGAUAAGAGUGGAAGAUCAUCAUCCACGUCUCUAAUGGAGAAUCUGCUUGGACUCCUCAGAAUUCGCGUCAAGCGCGGUGUUAAUCUCGCCGUUCGUGACGUUCGUAGCAGCGACCCUUAUGUUGUCAUCAAGAUGAACAGACAGAAACUGAAGACGCGUGUUAUUAAAAAGGAUGUUAAUCCUGAAUGGAAUGAAGAUCUAACUCUUUCUGUUACAGACCCUAAUCAUCCGAUCCAGCUGACCGUUUAUGACCAUGACACAUUUAGCAAAGAUGACAAAAUGGGAGAUGCUGAGUUUGAAAUCAAAUCAUAUAUAGAUGCCUUGAGGAUGAAUUUGUCAGGCCUCCCAAGUGGCACCAUAGUCUCGAGAAUACAACCAAGCAGGCAAAACUGCCUUUCUGAAGAGAGCUGUAUCACGUGGACUGAAGGCAAAAUGAUUCAAGAUCUCUGCCUCAGAUUGAGAAAUGUGGAAUGUGGGGAAGUUGAAAUCCAAUUGCAGUGGAUUGACCUUCCUGGUUCUAAGGGUUUAUAAAGUUUAUGAAUGAUACUCCUUUUUUUGCUUUCCUUCAUGCAUACUGUAUCAGCUCUUCUACAACCCUGCGUAAUGUGAUGAGCUUCAUGGGGGGGUUAGUUUGUUCAUAGAUGUGUAAUGAUGUGACUUUGGAUGUUUUUGUAUUGUCCACUGUAUCUGGUUUGUAGCUCAUUAAUAGGGUUGAACAAUUUUUGGACGUUGUUACCAAGACUGCUAUGUUGUAUGUGCUCUAUUAUGGUUUGCUCUAAAUCUUAGUUUCAUGCACACUUUAUCAUGUA